AAGACCACAACACCUGGACAGGCACACUCAUUUUGCGCACUUGCUGCCACCUUGCUUUGAGCACUUCCACUAUACUUCCCCCAUCGACCUACUCAUUAUGGCGUCCUCGCGCAAGGUGUUCUCCCUUGAGGGAAAGGGGCUCAAGCUCGACACUGCUGAUGACCUUGAACCCCACAUCGUCGAGUUGCGCUCGACCGACGUCGAGGAGGUCAGGUUCCUGGGAAACACCCUGGGCGUCGGCGCUUGCAAGCGUCUUGGUGAGGUUUUGGCUACCAAGAACAACCUCCAGUCCGCCGACCUCUCCGACAUUUUCACUGGCCGCCUCCUGAGCGAAAUCCCCGAGGCCCUGUCCUCCCUCCUCACUUCGAUCCUCAACCUUCCCAAACUCACGACGAUCAACCUGAACGACAAUGCCUUUGGUAUCAACACUCAGGCACCCGUCGUUGCCUUCCUUGCUGCCCACGUUCCCCUCCAGCACCUGUAUCUGAACAACAACGGCCUCGGCCCCCACGCCGGUAUCCUGGUGGCGGAUGCGCUCUCUGAGCUGCACGCCAAAAAAGAGGCGGCGAGAAAGGAAGGCAGGGAUGUCCCAUACCUUGAGACUGUUAUCUGUGGUCGCAAUCGUCUGGAGAAUGGCAGUAUGCAGGCCUGGGCCAAAGCCUUCAGCCUCCACAACAAGAUCAAGGAGAUCAAGAUGGUCCAGAACGGCAUUCGCCAGGAGGGCAUCAGCCACCUCAUCAGCGAGGGUCUGAACCACGCGACGGAGCUUCGCAUCCUUGACCUCCAGGACAACACCUUUACCGUCUCGGGUGCCAAGGCUGUGGCCAGUGUUCUCCCUACAUGGUCGCACCUCCAGGAGUUGGGUCUCAACGAUGCCUACCUCACAGCCAAGGGUACCACUCUCGUCGCGAGAGCUCUUGCUAAGGGCAAGCAGGACAAGCUUGAGAUUCUUCGCCUGGCUUUCAACGACAUCACCCCUAAGGCUCUGAUUGGCAUCGCGAGUGCCGUUUCCGACUCUCUGCCUGCGCUGAAGAAAGUUGAGCUCAACGGUAACAAGUUUGAGGAGGAGGACCCAUCCGUCACCGCUAUCCGCGAGCAGCUUGAGGAGCGCAAGGAGAGGAUCGGCGGCGACAUUGUCGACGAGGACGCGUGGGGUCUCGACAGCCUCAGCGACCUCGAGGGCGAGGACUCUGACGAGGAGGAAGAGGAGGAAUCUGAGGAGGAAUCUGAGGAGGAGGAUUCGAAGCCUGCGAAGAGAACCGAAAUCCUCGUCAAGGAGGCCGAGGAGGCUCAGGAGGGGCCCACCGUCCAGCUCAAGGACAAGGAGGUGGACGACCUGACCAAGAAGCUGUCCAAGACGGAGAUUUAGGGUUGGAUGGAUCGUUUCCUUUGGUUUAUAGGUUUAGACGACGGAACGCAAGAGGAAUGGCCCCCGUUUACAGGCGUGAGGAGACAGACACGAUACCCCCCAAAUUACACUUCAUCCCCCACAGCAUUGAGGUGGCAGCCGGGCAGAAUUGGGCAACGGUCUGUAUUGAGGCUUUUGAUUUUUGAUUCUGGUAGAGAUGAACAACGGGCUCACUCAGCACGGUGGCAUUGUGUAGUCCAAAGCACAUAUCCGGGGCACUGCACAAGGCCGUCUGUAAUGCCCCUGGUACCGUCACUCCUCGAUCACCCCAUGCGCAUGGCGUCCAUGAGACUGCCAGCUCACCAGGACAGCAAAAUGCAAUUGCACUAGGUCGAGAAAUUGCAGUAUAUAAGAGAUGGUAUAUUGUUUCCCUCUUACAGUUUUGCAAGUCAGAAAGAAAACGAAACAAGCCAACCAUUUCAGGUUAACCUCGCUACAAACGCCAUUUACACAUCCAUGAAUCAUCAUCUCGCCUUGCUGAACACGAUCUGACAGGACACUACCUUUAUGAGACGACCGACUCGGUCAUCGAUAUCCUCCGGGACGUCGGCAUCACUUUCUUCGUCUUCCGCACCGUGCUAUCGUAUUUCCACCUCACUUUCGCAACAAGCACGCUGCUUUCGUGGGUCUGCCCAUCCCAGCAGCGCCUACUUCCCAUCCU